GACAAAGUCUGGAUUAUUAGGCGUCCUGUGAUUCAAGAUGGAUGACUGCUACUUGGCUAAACUCUCUACGAAGCCGUGGAUAUUGACUCCGCAUUUUAAUAAAGACAUUCUAGAAUAUAGCACAACUGUACCAAGUCAACAAGAAAAGAUAACAUUUGACAUAUCCACUAGUGAUCACGGAGCCUCAUUUACUAUCUUGGGUAGUGGGGGAUCAAGAGAUGUGUCAUUAGCAGAAGGAACAGUGACAGCUGUUAAAAUAGAAGUAACAUCAGAAGAUGGUCAUACGAAAUACUACAUUGUUAAUGUCAAGAGACUAUCAGCAAAGGAUGCCUACUUGUCAGAUCUUGCUAUUAAAAAGGGACAUUUAGAGCCUGACUUUUAUCCAAAUGUAUUAUUGUAUUACUGUCUGUUACCCUGUAAUCUGACAACUGUCAACAUAGUAGCAACUGCACCUGAUCCUCGUAAUGCUGUGAAGGUAUGUGAUAAGGCUAAUGCUCCUGUACCACUAAAUCCAGGCUUGACCAUCAUUGAAAUAGAAGUGACUUCCCCUGAUGGAACAAUUAAAAAGGUUUAUAAAGUAGAAGUGGCUAAGAAACCAAUACCCCGAUAUGUUAAAUUUGUUGACGCAAAGACUUUGUCCGAAUUUGAAUGCCCCAUUUCCUUAAGCCCCUUCUACUGCCCUGUCUCAAUAAAAGGCAGCAACCCUAAAAGAACUUACUCUGGGCCAGUCUUUAGUGAGAUCACAAGAUUGUCCAAAAUCGACCCAUUGACUGGAGAGCACCUUGAAUCUGAUUGGAAAAUUCAAGAUAUAGAAGUAGAUAAGAAUAUGGCCAAUCAGAUGGCAGUGAUACCUCUGACAUUUUCAGUUGAGAGUACUAAACCAAUGAAAUUUGGUGAACUAGCUGGAAUUUUAGCUGAAUGUAGCCAACAACCUCCAAUGAAGGAUUUGGCUGGUGUAUUUAGCAACUCAGCAUUAUCAAUAUCUAGAAAUCUUCAGGAGCACAAGUGGCAAAAAGCUUUGCAGCAAAUUUUUGAUGAAACGGAAGUCAGUGUAUUACUCAGCUUAGCAGAAAACAGUCUUACAUUGUACUAUAAGAACAUUCCAAAACCUGGUCAAUACCACCAGCAGUAUGCUGAAGGAGACUCACCAAUAGAUGCAUUGCAACAUGCCAUCCACUGUCUUGCAACAGCUUUAAAGUAUAAAUCUAAUAAUGCUGAAAUUCACUUCAAACUAGCCAUGUCUUUGGAAGAAAAAUAUUGGGCUGAGGAUAUGUAUGGGUUAAAAAAACUAGAGAAAUCAGAUGCUCCAUCAUUAAAUUACAAGGCUAGGGAGAGCUCCAAGGAGGAAGAAGUUUAUGCCAUCUGCAAACUCAAAGGUGUUGAUAUCUCUGAACCAGCCAGCCAUCAUUUAAAAGCUCUGGACAAUGAAUAUCACCAUUUGAUUGAGACGGGACAGAGCGCAAAGGCAGAUCAUGUCAUGGCAUUGUAUGCAUGGUACAGUAAGAAACUCUCACAGGAGGGGGCAUCAGCUCAUAAGGUUGAAGACCAUGACUCUCCUCUAGGCCAGGCUUACCAGAAAUAUUUAGAUGCCCUGUGUCUUGAUGAAGUGAAAGCUGUUUAUAACUUUCAUGUUGGGAGAUUGCUUGUUAUAAUGGGGAACUAUGAAGAUGCUAUCAAACGAUUGGAAGCAGCUUUGUGCUGGAAUGCAGCCCAUGAACAAGCAAGAUUUUACCUAGGUCUGGCUAUUAGUUUAAGUAAAGAAGAGUGGAAGAAAAGAAGUCAAGAAGCCAUUGGAUUUCUACAAGCUGGUAUGGAAUCACUUCUGACAGCACUUUCAAAAGAGGCAUUAGCAGCAGAAGAAUUAGUUGCCAAGACAAGUCUUUUUGCAGAGAAUUUAGUGAGAACUUCAAAUGUUCAUUUUCUACGAGGAAUUGUACAGUUAGGAAUAUUGCUAACAAAAAACAAAGUGCAAAAUUCAAUGGCUCCAUCUGAUAUUUUUCAUACAGCUGCAUUGUUGGCAUGUCAAGUCUUACCAAACAUUUGUCGUGGUGACCUCUAUAAGCAAAUGGAGUGGGUUCUGGUUGAUGCACACAGUCAACUUUUAGAAAUCUUGGUGCAGGAUGAUGUCAGCAAAGAUUUCAUUGCCUCCAGAUGUAAAAGAUUGUCUGCUUUGAUCUUUCACUCCACUAUUUCUGGGAACAUCAAGUUACUGGAACUGCAAGAGAAGACAUGUCAGAAACUAGUUAAAAUACAACCUUGUGUAAGUUACUCCUUAUUCCUGCUUGGCUCAGCUCAGUUUGCAUUGUAUGAACAAUCUCCAGAUGGGUACACAGCUAUGGAAUAUCUUAGUGAUGCCAAAGCUUCUUUCUUAGCAAGUAUUGAAAUGGAAGGGAAGCCAUGUUCUGGUGAAGCCCCAAAGCAGUUGACUGAUCAAAAAUGGUGGAUGAGAUCAUCCUCAUCAAGUAGUAUUAAAUCUAAUAAGCAAACUAAAGUCGGUAAGGCGUUGACAGCUCCUACAAGAUCAGGGACUCAACUUGCCUCACACAAGGGAGAUAAGUCUAAAACUUACUCUCCAAGCAGCAAAAGACCCACAGCAGCAGCUGGAACAGCCCCUAAAAGUCAUGUUCAGACAGCUUCAACAGCAGCAACAUCUAAGGCAGUCCCUAAACCAUCAGGCCCUUCCACCCUUCAGAAAAAGGAUGUGAAAACUGAAAAGAAAACUGAAACAAAAGAAGUGGUCAUUGUGGACAAUGUUGUUCUGAAUAAUGUCCCAUUGUAUGAAUCUCGUCUUGGUCUGGCACGUGUACUGCGAGCUUCCAAAGAACCCAAUGAAGCCAAAAAGUAUUAUAAUCAAGUUAUAGAUAUGGCUCCUGAGGUCCAUGAUGCUUACAUUGAAUGUGCUGAAAUGCUGGCUAAGACAAAUCCCAUUGAAGCUGUGGAUGUUUAUUCAAGAUUUCCUGUCUCUGAACAUCCAACUUUUGAUGAUGCAUUUAUCUUUGGGGAAAUUGUCAAUAUUUUGAUGAAAGCUGAGCAGUACGAUGACAAAAGACUUGCUACUAACAUGAUUGCCUAUGCUAAAGUUCUUGGUGUAGGUGUUUUGGAGAAGUACACCAAGAUACUAGAACAGAGGUACAAGAAUGAUGUCCUAAGAACAAUCUAUGCAGGAAUACACAACAAACCAGUAGAUGACCCAGAUAUGCAGGCAUUUUUUAAAUUCAAAUUUUGGAUUUAAUAAAAGAAAACUAUGUAAAAUAUGUUUUAAUUUUUGUGUAACCUAUAGUAGUAUUUAUAUCUAUUUAUGAAUAUAAAGUCCAACAAAUAGGAUUUAUACAUGUUACAUUCUAGCAAACAUUUUCCAAUUCCUAACAUUGUUGACUCCCUGAACAUUCUUUCUUUUUUACUCAUAGAUUAGUUUUACUACAUCACUGUAACUAUGAACUGGAGCUACUUAAGUCAAUGACAUAGUUUAAAAAGUGAAUGAUUUUUAGAUGUUACUAAACACUUUUACAGAAGCACUAUUAAUAUGCCAGUGACAGAUAUUUAAAAUUUGCUUUGGCAUGCCACAGAAUAUUUAAAAAUGUAGUCUACCUUUAAGGUACUUUCAUGUUUUAAAGCAUUCCGUCUUCUCUGUGCCUUAGCUGUUACCAAACAUUGGCCUCACAUUCAUUUAUGUUCAAGAACUUAGGUCAAAGUCAUGAUUUUGCCAUUUUGCUUCUGUGAUACUGUGAUUUUCCAUUUAUUAUCCAUGCUUCUGUGAUAGUGUGUUUUUCAUUUAUUUAUCAUGCUUCUGUGAUAUUAUGUGUGUAAAUAAAGCUGACUUACAUGACUGUGUGACAUAAUGUAUGCACAUUUGAAAUAUAUUUGAUAUUAAAGUUUUUAUCUCAAUAGAA